UAAAAUAGUACCAUUCCAUAAAUGAGGACUGUCAGCAGAACUAGAAGGUGUAUCAGACCCAAUGCCCGGCUCAACAAGAAAGAUAUCCUGGCUUGGCUUCAGAAGAGAGGAAAUAGCAAAGAGAGGAUUAAGCCGAAUAUGUCAAGUAUAGUCUCAAGGAAUAGCUCAAAGAUGGCCAAUAUUCUCAGUUCAAGUGCCCUAAAGAGAAACUGAAAGAAAGAGAAACUUAAGAUUACUGAGAAGCACGAAAGGAGUUACCUCAAAAAUCUGAAGGAGAAAAUACAGAUUCAUAGACGAGAAAGAGACAAUACAAAGAGAUUUCGGUCAAUUUCUCCAAACUUAUUUAUGACAGAUUUCUCUAAAACAAGGCCUUUGAACUCACCAAGAGUAGAAAUUCCUGCAAACAUCGGGAAUGAACUUGACAAGCCCUUCAAAGGGCUUGGUGACUUCACUAGAGUUACAAAGGAGUUACCUCUGACUAACGAUAAUAAAAAUAUUAUCUCCUACAGGAUUGUCAGAAUGUUUUCAAAUCAUGACAAUAAUUCAGUGGAGAAAGAUAACUCCAAAUCAGACUUGCUGAGCUUAAAGAAUGAUUAUUCAAAGGAUAGCCUGGAAGUCUCUGAUUGUGAUAACAACUCUAAGAUGUCUCUCAGGAAGCCAAAGGAUACUAUAGAGAUCAGCCAAAGAGACCUCACCACUCCUAUUAGAUGAACUCCCAAAUUGUAUCAGUUCAGGGCAAAAAGUAAAAGAAGAAAAUUUACGAACACGAAGUAUAAUAAUUUCAUCCAAAAUCGGUGCAAUCCAGGUAGAGUUGGAUCCCAGAUGGCACAUAAAGGCAAGGUUUCACGGUGAGUUUGGAGUCCGACCAGGAGAAACAUUCAGAAUGGGCAUACGAAGUACCAUCCAACAUCAUGGGUCUCUUCUGGCCUAAGAACGUAAUUGUUCAACUGACUUAGAAGCCAUUGGUAUUCAUAGU